CUAGCACAACUCCUGAUGUAUCUGAGGAGAGGAGAGAAGAGGAAAGGAGAGGAGAAAACAGAAGAGGGACUUUUUAUGAAGACAUAGUUUAUAUUAUCUGGGGUGUUUUGACUGGACAUACUCAGAAGACUCCAGAUGUGUGUAGUUAGAGUCUUCUAACAUUAAUCUACCAGUACUGUAGUAUCUGAUAACAACACAGCAAAGGUCGACAGGCACACACUAUUUGUCCCACGAACGAUGUUCAACAGAAUGACAACUCUGUGGCUUGAAACGUCCCACUCGCUCGACUACACCCUUCCACCAGUGAUCAUUCACCUUGGUAACCACACCACGACAGCAUUCAAUAGCAACCAGUCCUGUAGUGGUGAUGACGAGAUCUUUAAGUACCGAGCCUACACUGUCACCUACCUACUGGUGUUCCCUAUGGCGUUUCUUAGCAACAUUGGAGCGCUGUUUGUGUUCCUGCGACUGAUGCCCAAACGGUCUGCGUCCUCUGUCCUCAUGACCAAUCUCGCCCUAUCAGAUGCAUGCUUCUCCCUCACCCUGCCGCUGCGAUUGGCCUACUACUUCAGAGGCGCUCGCUGGGACCUCCCUGAUUGGCUGUGCCGACUGUGUGUGUUUUGCUUCUAUCUCAACCUCUACACCAGCGUUCUCUUCCUUACUGGACUGAGCGUGCUCCGUUGGCUGGCCGUGCUGAAGCCUCUCCGUCAUCGAGCCUUGGCCACGCCCCUUCGUGCUUUAUUGGCUUGCUUGGGCAUUUGGCUGUUUGUGGGCGGCGCUUCAGUCCCAUUCCUGUUUUCGGGGACCAGGGUGAGGGCGGGACUAACACGCUGCUUCGAGCCACGUAACCCUGCCUCCUGGAAGAUGAUCUUCAUUCUCAACUACGUGGGCAUGACAUUCGGCUUCCUGAUCCCGUUCCUCACCAUCCUCGGUUGCUACGGCUGCAUCAUCCACCGACUGACAGCUACAGUCUCGUCAGCAUUAGGGUUGACUGGUAGCCUGAACAGGAACAAGAUACGUAACCAGGGGAGACGUCGGCGCCGGCGCCGGUCUCUGCGUCUGGUCGCCAUGGUGAUCUGCACAUUCCUACUAUGCUUUCUGCCCUAUCACGUGGCUCGCUCACUGCACCUGCACGCGGUGGUGGGCAGGUGGGGCUGUGUUGCUACGGCGACACUGCAGCGGGUGUUGGUGGUGACGCUGUGUCUAGCGGCGGCCAACAGUGCGGUUAACCCUCUGUUGUACUACUACUCCGGGGAGACCUUUAGAGCGGUCAUACGCAGCGCCUCGUCACGACGACGGUCCUUCUCCUCCUCCUUCACUCAGGGCAGCCUGCUGCUCUCUCGCAGAAAGAAGACCACAAUGCCUACAACAGCAACAAUGCGAGACUCACCCCUCGCUCCAUCCCUAACCCUUCCUGGGUCCCUACCAGACACACCCCUCGCUCCACCCCUAACCCUUCCUGGGUCCCUACCAGACACACCCCUCGCUCCACCCCUAACCCUUCCUGGGUCGCGACCAGACACAAACCUCGCUCCACCCCUAACCCUUCCUGGGUCGCUACCAGACACAAACCUUGCUCCACCCCUAACCCUUCCUGGGUCGCUACCAGACACAACUCUCGCUCCACCCCUAACCCUUCCUGGGUCGCUACCAGACACAAACCUCGCUCCACCCCUAACCCUUCCUGGGUCGCUACCAGACAGAACCCUCGCUCCACCCCUAACCCUUCCUGGGUCCCUACCAGACACACAAAGCCGUGUGGAAGACAGUCUAUAAAGGGUUCAAAACCUAUUUGCCCUAUACCCCACCUACUUACAGACACUGAGACCUGAACACCUAGCUACAUUCUCCAGAAUCAGAGACACUUUUCUGCACAUGUAAAAUGGAGCCCUGAGGCCUGAACCAGAACCACACACACACACACACACCCACACGGAGACACUAACCUUUAGGUUUCCGAGGCACUUUGUGGGUGUGCUCUCUGUUAUUUCCAUUCCCGCUGCCCGGCCGGCAGCCACAGGUGCCGGGCCUACUUUUGUUUGAUUGUUUAUUAUCCCAGUGUUAAUCAUUACACUCUUCAUAGAUGUAUCAUAUAGGUCGAAAACAGUUUGCACAAGUCCCACAGGCUCACAUUUGUAGGUUAAAUUUAAUAAUAUCUUCAGUUGAUCAUAGUGACUGACAAUUCUUGCCUACGUAAUACAUAUUUAGUUUUUUCCUUGACAUUGAAGUAACGAAUAACUAUAUUUGAUGCAAGAGCUUCGAAUACCACAUGCAUCUCACAAAAGACCUCAUCCAACAUCAAGAGGCUCUUGUCCAGUUUGACAUUGCAUAUAAAGUUAGCAGGACCAUUGGAGACCAGCCAGACCUCAUGCAGAGAUUUGAUAAAGACUGUUGGCUGAAGCCAGAGUCUGGAAAGCACUCAAUCCCAAGGACAUCUGAGGAUAUCAACCAUAUAGUAAGUGUGCUUCUUGAUCAGGUGUGUACCUGAUCACGAUUACUUUGACACCUGUCAGGUUUUACCAAAGCUUCCAGAACAUCCAAAUAAACCUGUUGCGCAAAUUGGACUAUGAGAAACUAGUGUUGUGGAUCAGCAACCCCAAACUGAAAUCACACUGUGAGAAGAACAAACUGUCUGCUCAUUUGACACGCAGACAGAGGCCCAAAGUUGACAGUUGAUUUCAGCUGUAGUGCUGAGACCCUAGAAUAGAAAUUGUUAUCUUAAAUGCCACAGUUAGAGAAGUGAUGUAAGAAAUGGGAAAGAAUAAGUAGUACUGAAACCAAUGACAAUGUAGACUCACAAAAUGUAUAUUUAUUUUUAUAAUGUUCAGUGGCGUGUAUUCAUGGUUGACAAGGGAAGCCAGGCUGCCCACAAAAAAAAUACAACAAAAAAAAAUAUUAAUUUAUCUUUCGUCUCUGUAUUUCAUAAUUUUCCUUCAAUUUGAAAUAAGCUGUAUAUUUCUCACCCUCUGUCUUUGUAUGUGUCUGGUCAAAAAGAUGCUGAUGCUGUCUGGUCAAAAAGAGUAUGACAUUGUUGCCGCCUGUAGCAUUUAAUGCAAGGGAGGCCUCCUUUGAUAAAAAAAAAGUAUAAAAUAAUAGCCAAUCAGCGUUGAGCUAAACUGAGUGAGUUCAACUGUGAAUAGUCCUGGAGCACCAAAACAAGUGUCAAGGGAAGCCAGUGAGGAUUUGGCUUCACCCCAAACGUAAUUGACAGAAAAAAAACUUGAAUUGUUGCAUCUCGUUGUGUUGUUGUCCUCCAGUGGCUAGCUAGCUAAAAUUGGUAUUUUCCUAAAUUGGCCAUGGAUGGAGACAGGGAUUUUGACUUUUUAAACUCUCCGUAUUGGCCGAUGAUUAUAACGGCAAUUCUGAUCCAACCAUAAAUGCAUACAUUGCUGUGCCUGAGAGGAUGGAAGUUCCAUAUGUAGCUAGAUGUAACUAAUGUUAACUAGCUGGCCUGGCACAUUGUUGCCCAUGAAAGUAAGUUAGGCUAGCAAGAAAGCAUUUUAGUCAGAUAGCCUAGGACAACAAAAAAUGUUAGCCUGUACUGUAUGACAGAGUCAUAGGCCCUUUCGUCAUCAUGAAAGCGAGGAGGACGGCAUUGGUGUUUCUUUACAAGUAGGGUCAACAUGUUUUUUCUAGUUACACGGACGCACGCACACACACACAAACAGAGAAGUCAGAACCAUGGAAAGCCACAUCAUAUUUGGCUUACGUAGUUUGAACUAUCUUUUAGUUGUAUUCACUGUAUUAGAUUAAGGUGAUUUGAUGAUGUUGAAAUGGUGCUUGAAUAGUGGAGGCAGCUCCUGUUUUCUUUGUGACUUGCAUUAACUCUCCAUGGUUCUAAAUCAAUAGUCGUUUAGUAGUCCGAAAAUGUUGCUUGACCAUGCUGUAGGUAACUGUUUGUUACAUGCAAUAUGCUUUGUGGACUUCACCGGACAGAGGUUCCUCUCCAGUUUUGUGAUGAAACAAAGGUGUGGUUGAAUUUAUUCUGCCACUGUAUCUUCUAAUUGUCUUGGCCUUAGGCCUGUAUAUCACAGGUGCAAGGCAUUUGAACUAACAGGUUAUAGCGCAAACAACACAAUUAUCAAAACACAGGUUGUAAUAUGGCUUUUUUUGUGGCUUGGCUUCCCCUGUGAUUUUAUCCACACACCGCUACUGAUUACGUUACAUUUUUUUGUACCAUUUAUUUGUGUAAUUAUUUUAACUGAAAAUAUUCCCUGUACCUUUUUUUUUACCAUUUAUUUGUGUAAUUACUUUGUUAUGUACUGUUAAUAUUCUUCCUGUUGUUGCUGUCUGAGACUUUAUAUAGGAAUAAGUUAUAUGGGCUAUGAUUUGUACACCAUGCAAGAGCAGUAACACAACUGCCGUAGCCUUUUCCCAAUUCACUUUUUCAACUUUAAAAGUUUAUAGUAGUACACUUUGUUACUUAUUUCAUCCAAAAAGGCAAUUACAAAUUAAUUUACAAUAGUCAUAUAAUCCACUGAGCAUUGAUGUUUCCAAAUCUGGAUUAUUUAUUAAAGUCAAGUGAAGGAGAAAAAUUAAGGAACAAGUAACUAUGGGUGACAGGUCACAUCUUGGCCCACUCUAUACUUUAGAUCAGGGUUUCCCAAACUCGGUCCUUAGAUCUGGGGUGCACAGCUGUUUCAAAUAAUCAAAGCAUGAUGAGUAAGGGAAUUGUGCUCCGAAUGAUUUUGUUAGUCUUACUCUAAUUAGCUGAUGUGCAAUAAACAGAGACACUACCAUGAACAGUUGUGUGGUCAAAUAAUACCUCUCUCUGUUAUUGCCGAUGCCCUUCACUGACCAGUCUAUGUCUUGGAUGUAAUUGUUGUCCUGCAUGCCUCUCCUUGCAAUGGCAUGAGGUAGCACAAUUGUCACAGGUGUUAUGUGUCACGCCUUGGUCAUAGUGUUUUGUGUUUUCGUUAUAUAUUUGGUCAGGCCAGGGUGUGACAUGGGUUUAAUAUGUUGUGUUUUGUAUUGGGGUUUUGUAGGCAUUGGGAUUGCGGCUGAGUAGGGGUGUAGCAUAGGUUUGGCUGCCUGAGGCGGUUCUCAAUCAGAGUCAGGUGAUUCUCGUUGUCUCUGAUUGGGAAGCAUAUUUAGGUAGCCGGGGUUUCACUGUGUAUUUCGUGGGUGAUUGUUCCUGUCUCCGUGUUAGUGUUCACCAGACAGGCUGUAUAGGUUUUUUGUAUAUUUAUAAGUUAUUUCAUGUAUCGCGAUCAUUCAUUAAAGAACAUGAGUAACAACCA